AUGGGAUUAAAACCAAAGAAUUUGAUUCGUCGUUUAUUUUAUAAUAAAUCUCAUUAUCGUCAUCGACAUAUUGUAGAUACCGUAAAAAUUUCAACACAUGAUCAAUCAGUACAAACAAGUUUUGAUGAUACACAACUAACAACAACAGUAAUCAUAAACACUCGCCGUUCUAGAAAACGUUCAUCUUGUGUAUUAUCAUCCGCUACACCAAAAACACGUUGUCGUUCAUCAUUAAAAACAUACAUAUCAGCUUAUUCACCAAAAAUAGUCCCGUUAAUAAAUCGUUCAAUUCAUCGUCGUCGUCGUAGUUAUGAUUUCGAUCUUAAAACACCAAAAUGUCUCAAUUCUGAAGGCUCAAAUGUUGCUUUAGUAAAGAAAAUUCGUCCAAUAACAGCUCAAUGUGAAUUCUAUGAAAGACCACUUCCAUUAGUAUCAACUGAAACAAAAAAAAUAUAUAACGAAACAACACUUGUUCCUGAUAAUCAAAAACUUUAUCAUAAUUCAUGGGGAUUUUCGUCCGAUAUACAUACAUCUGUUGAUAAACAUAACAACAAUAAUUUGUCAUUUCUUAAUGCCAAAGAAGAACCAGAACAAGUGGAUGAAACGAUCAGUAUACGAAAUCAAAAUGAACAGUUUUCUGUUGGAACAAUUGGACCAUUAAAAUGGAGUACUCCCAUUCAUGCAUCAUUUAAAGCUUCGAGUCCUUAUAGUCAAAAUCCUUAUCGGCAAAUGGAUUUAUCAUUCUCAAAUAUAUUUAAUAUUACAUGUUUAGAUUAA